GUAGCGGCGGCGCCGUUACCACAGCGACGCGGACGCCAUGGCUGCGGUGCCCGCGCCGCUGCUGCCCGCCGAGGCCGAGGCGAUGGUGCGGGCCCUGCAGGGCUCUGAGCUGCGGGACAUCGGCGGGCAGGGGUGCGGGGACCCGGCGAUGGGUUGUCCCAGGGUGUCUGGGGGGGAGAACGUGAAAGCAGGGCUUUAAAUUUGGGGCGGUGGCGGGGGGUUCCCUUUGGGGCUGUUGGAGGACAGGAGGGGGCCCAAUUCUGAGGCUUUCCCCGGGUUCACAGUGCGGGUAAGGAGAGGUGCCCAGAAAGUUUAGGGUAGAGAGGAGGAGUGCUGGUUUUGAGGUGACCCCAGAGGGUCAGGGUGGGGUGGGGUGAGAGAAGGGGCUGCAAUUCUGGAGCAUUCCUGGAAGGACUGGGAGAGAUGGGAGGGCCCAGGGUGAGGAAGGGUCCCAGAUCUGAGGGUCUGUGAGGGUGGGGGUGGUGGAGAGGCUCUCCCUGGAUCUGUGGUGUCCCCAGUGAGGGUGUUGCUGGCGGCAGGCAGAGGGCAGGGCUCUCCCAGUGGAGCUGUGGCCCCAGGCUCGGGGCACAGCGUGGGGUUGGGGGUUACAGGAGCAGGUUCCCCUACAUGAGCGACCCUCCCCAAGCCAGUGGCCAGAGCUCUGUGGCACUGAUGUCCUCGCUGGCUGUCGCACAGAUGGCUUCGGCAGCAUGAGUAUGUGGAGAAGCUAAACAUGCAUGGUAUCCUGAGCGCCUCAGCGGGCCAGGAGCAGCUCCUCACCGAGCUGCUGGUCACCCAUGCCAAGAUUCCUGUUCUCAUUGGGGACCUGAUCUCUGUGGAGAUUUGGAAGCACAAGGUCUUUCCCGUGCUGUGCCGGCUGGAGGACUUCAAGCCGAGAAGCACCUUCCCCAUCUAUGUGGUGCUGCACCAUGAAGCCUCCAUCAUCAACCUCCUGGAGACAGUGUUCUUCUUCAAGGAGAUCUGCGAGUCGGCAGAGGACAGCAUGGUGGAUUUGAUUGAUUAUUGCCACCGCAAGCUGACCCUGCUGGCAGCUCGGAGCACCAAGGCACAAGCAGUGACCUCAGCAGAGCUUCGUGCUGAGCAUCUGGCCAGCCCCUCCUCCAUGCAGGAACUGCAGAAGCAGGCAGAGGUGAUGGAAUUUGAGAUUUCCCUGAAGGCCCUGUCCGUGCUGCGGUACAUCACUGACCAGGUGGACAGUCUGCCCCUGGGUGCACUGACACGGAUGCUGAACACCCACAACCUGCCCUGCCUUCUUGUCGAGCUGGUGGAGCAUUGCCCCUGGAGCUGCUGGGAAGCAGGCAAGCUCAAGAAGUUUGAGAAUGGCACAUGGCACGUGGUGCCCCCUGAGGACCAGCUGAAGAUGACCAAACUUGAUGGGCAGGUGUGGCUUGCCCUCCUCAACCUCCUGCUCAGCCCCGAGUGCCAGCGCAAAUACCGCUUCGAUGGCUUCAACAAGAGCCAGCUCCUCAAGCUCCGUGCAUUCCUGACAGACGUCCUCAUUGACCAGCUGCCCAACCUGGUGGAGAUGCAGAGAUUUCUGAGUUACCUCGCAGUGACAGAGCCUGCUCCCCCUAAGAAGGAUCUCAUCCUGGAGCAGGUUCCUGUCAUCUGGGACCAUAUCCUCAAGAAAAACUCGGGGAAGUGGGAGGCCAUUGCCAAGCACCAGGUGAAGCAUGCCUUCAGCCCCACUGAAGAGGAGUUGAAGCUCCAGGCACGCAGGUGGGCACAGACCUACAGCCUGGACAUGCUGGAGGCUCUGGCCACCGACAAGCCCCGCUGCAGGGUGUGUGGUGUAGAAGCAGCCAAGCGCUGCUCUCGCUGCCGGAACGAGUGGUACUGCACACGGGCAUGCCAGGUGCAGCACUGGCAGAAGCACAAGCCUGCCUGCAACCUGAUGGCCGAGGUGCCGAGGAGUGUGGAUGACCUGUAAUGGAAGUGGUGUCUGGCAUCUGGCCCGUGGCUGAGAGGCAGAUUCCCCUGGUGUGCAGCCCACAGCUGGAAAGAAGCUGGCAAAGACCCCUUCUGCCUGCUUCCAGCCCCAGGCAGCACCAGCUAGGGUCAGCCUCUCCUCUCCCACCACCUCACCAUGCUGCCUUCUCCAGUAAACCUCCUUGUGCAUCCCACAGCUGCUUGGUUUCUGCUUUCUCUCCUAGCUGAAGACAACAAACUGCUUCCUCCCCUCCCUUCCACACAGUGAGAGGCGUGUGUCCAUUUUCCCCUCUGCAACAACAGAAAUCCCAGAGAACCCGAAAAAGCCUGUAAGGUUGUGGUUACCUUACUGCAGCUGGGGAGGGAAGGGAGUGAGGAGGCCUCUGUGCCACCUUCGUGACAGCAGCGUGGGGAGCAGAGGAUGUGGUUUGCACGAGCAUCGUGCUGUGAGAUAGAGUUUCUUGGGUCAUGGGAUUUGUCAUCUCCCACCUUGCAGGGACGAUUUACCCCAUUUCCUCUCCUUUGAUGUGAUGUUAGCACCAAGGGCUUGGCCCCCUUCCCCCCAGCAUUACCAGUAAACAGGGUUUACUGCUGGGGAUGCCUCGGGGUGCAUCCCCACCUCUCACUGGUCAGCAGCUGCUGCCGAAGGGCUGGAGCCUUGCUCUGAGCACAGCUGGGAAAGUCGGCCCUGUCCUUUCUCUGAUGGGGCGCCGGAGAAUCCCUGACACAUAACAAUAGGCUUUGCACCAGGGCAGCUGCUGCAGGAGCCACGACAGUCGGCAGGAAACCCUCUCGGUCCAGC